AUGUCUGCAAUUGGCCCCUUUGCGGAGCCUGCACCCGGCUGCAAGCCCGCCGCUGCCCCUGCCUUGACCGCCGAGCAGCAAACCAAAUACGACGAGCUUCUCGCCGAUGUCCGCACAUGGGAAACACUGCCCACCACCUCUGCAAAGACUGCCGAGACCUCACCAAUCAGCGACGAUGAGCGCAUGUGGCUCACUCGCGAAUGCCUCCUCCGAUACCUGCGUGCCACCAAGUGGAACCUUCCCCAAGCGGUACAGCGCCUGCGCUCGACGCUGGUAUGGCGUCGUGAGUACGGCACCGACCGCUUCACUGCCGAGUACAUCUCAGAGGAGAACGAAACCGGCAAGCAGGUCUUGCUUGGUUUCGACAACGAGGGAAGGCCGUGUCUGUACCUGCUGCCGCAGAACCAGAACACCAAGGAGACACCCAAGCGGGUAGAGCACUUGGUCUACAUGCUGGAGCGCACCAUAGACUUGCACCCGCCUGGCCAGGAGAGUCUGGCACUGUUGAUCGACUUCAGGAACACGGGAGCUGGUGGCACCCCUAGCAUGGGCAUCGCCAAACAGGUCCUUGACAUCUUGCAGAACCACUACCCUGAGCGACUUGGUAGGGCAUUGCUCACACACCUCCCAUGGUAUGUCAAUGCCUUCCUCAAGCUCAUCAACCCCUUUAUCGACCCCGUCACCAAGUCCAAGAUCAAAUCGAACGAGCCCCUACCCAACCACGUGCCCACAUCACAGCUCAUGAAAGUCUCCGGCGGUGAAGUCGACUUCAAGUACGACCAUUCCGUCUACUGGCCAGCGCUUGAGAAGAUCUCCACGGAGCGGAGACAACAGAGGAAAGAGCGAUGGGAGAAGGCUGGCAAGAUCAUAGGAGAGAGUGAGAUCUACCUGUGGGGAGGAGACGAGCCUAGUCUUGGAAGUGCGACGGCAGAGAAGACGGCGGGCGAGGCUGCAGUGCCUGCAGCAGCCGAGACUACCACUACUGCGUCCAACGGGGGGACAGAGCUUGUUGAGGGUGUUGAGAAGCUGGACAUCAAAGAAGGCGAGCCGGUCAAGGCUGCUGCCUGA